AUGGCGCCCAAGGAGCAGAAGAGCAAGGAGGCGAAGGCGAUCGCUGCCUCCAACAGCAGCAAGGGCAAGAAGAAGAAGUGGAGCAAGGGGAAGGUGAAGGAGAAGGUUAACAACCUGGUCCUCUUCGACCAGCCCACCUACGACAAGCUGAUCUCGGAGGUGCCGAAGUACAAGAUGAUCACCCCCUCGAUCCUUGCCGACCGCCUGCGGCUCAACGGCAGCCUGGCGCGCGCCGCCAUCCGGGAGCUGCUGGCCAAGCAGCUGAUCAAGCCCGUGGCGGAGCACUCCAACCAGAAGAUCUACACGCGCGCGGUCGGCCAGUGA